CAAUUAUUAGAUUCAUCACUCUGUUCUCUCUUCUAUUCACCCUUCGAACAUAAGUGGAAGAAGAAGAAGAAAAGUAAAAUUCAUAUCGAAGAGAACUUUCGUGUAAUUGAUGGAUCCUCGGUGACAAUUUCGGAGAACCCAGUUUUGGAUUUGAUUCCCAACUCUUGAUUCUUCAAUCCAGUGAAAUAUACUGGACUUGUAUGAACCAAAACCAAUCAAAAUCUAAUAUGAGCAUGAUGAUUACAAAAGAAAAGGUUGAGAAUCAAACUUGGAGAGACCUUCCCUUAGAGCUUCUCAUCUCUGUAAUGGCUUAUCUUGAAAUCAAAGACAACGUACGCGCUUCUGCUGUAUGCAAAUCGUGGCACGAAGCCGCAGUUUCGGUUAGAAUCAUAGACCAGCCUCCUUGGCUCAUGCACUUCUCUAAAUCAAAAAACUCUUAUGAGAUUUACAAUCCAUCGAACGGCAAGAAACAUACAAUGGAGCUGCCUAAAUCAUUAGCCGGCUCUAAAGUCCGUUACUCUAGAGAUGGAUGGCUUCUUAUGAGCAAAAACAUUUCAUCAGACUUCGUCUUGUUCAAUCCAUUCACUAUGGAUCUUGUGGUCUUGCCUUAUCUUGAGCUCUGGUAUGGUUACCAAUUAGUUGGAUUCUCUUGUGCUCCUACAUCAAGCGAUUGUGUGGUUUUCACAAUCAAAGAUUAUGAUCCGGGUCAUGUGACUAUCCGGACUUGGAGUCCGGGUCAAACAGUUUGGACUUCAAUGCAGGUCGAGUCUCAGUUUCUUGAUGUUAAACGUAACUAUGUUGUCUUCUUGAAUGGUGUGUUUUACUGUCUCAACAUAAGAAACUGCCUCGCGGUUUUUGAUCCAUCUUUACGCACAUGGAAUGUACUCGAUGUACUGCCACCUCGAUGCCCUGAUCACAUCGAUGAUGAGAGUUGGUAUGAGGGAAAGUUCAUGGUUGGUUAUGAAGGAGACAUAUUUGUCAUAUGUACAUUUGGAAACGCAGAGCCUUUGGUGUUUAAGCUCGAUCUUACACAAGGUGUUUGGGAGAAGAGGGAAAAUCUCGGUAGUUUAAGCAUCUUUGUGAGUAUUAAUUCAUGUGAAUCGAGAACUUAUGUCCACGAGGGGAUGCUAAGGAAUAGUAUCUACUUCGCUAAGUUAUGUGACAAUGAAACGCGUUGCGUGACAUAUUCGUUUGAUGAAAGGAGAUACCAUCCAAGUGAGCACAAUAUUAACUGGGGAAAGCAACGCUCUUCUGAGAACAUUUGGAUCGAGCCUCCCGAGAAUGCAUUGGAGAUAGCUUAAAAGAAAAUGGUAAUUGUUUGUAUGCAGUUCUCAAGAGUUUGGUCGGAGUUAAGAGGUUAGAUUAAACAUUAAAAGUUCGCUACAGUUUAUUGGACUAGAUUUGUGUUUCCUCAUGAGUGUGUUGUGUUUGUCUUAGUUGCGUCAUUGUGAUGCAUCCAUAUUCCAUAUCAUUUUAUAACCUUUUAUCUCUGAA